CUCUGUCAUAGCAUAUUCAUCCGCAACCCUUUCCCUCUCUACACUCUCUCUCUCUCUCUCUCUCUCUCUCUCUCUAUAUAUAUAUAUAUGGUGGCGUAUUGGUAUUGUGAAUCCUGCCGACUGCGUGAACGGGCUUUCUAGAUUGUUCGCGAUUCGCAUUGUUUGAUUUCUAGAUGAUUCAAUGCUCGAGAGCUGGCCUUCGUUCAAUCCGCACAACUUCAGCCAGUUCAAGCCCAAUGAUCCUUCCAAUCCAUCGAAGAUGACACCGGUUACGUAUUGUCCAACGCACGAACGGACCAUCCCACCUCCUGAUCAGGUCAUCGGUCCUGAAGGCAGAAAUAUCCUAUUGAGACACUUCUACCAAAAUGCCGAAGAUAAGCUAAGACCGAAGCGAGCUUCCUGUGAUGAGCUGCCCCCGGAGCGCCCGGCCAAGACUUCCAGAGCUUCGAAUCCUGACAAGUGAGAACACUUUUACAUCCAUCUCCUUGCACAUGCUAUUAUUGCAUAUAUUAUAGAUAUAUAUAUAUAUAUAUAUAUGUUAGUGUAUGCAUUCUGACUUAGAACUCCAUGGCUAAGUUCCCUUAAAAGAGUUAUGUAUAAUAUGAGCGGAGUUAAGUUGUUGGUUAAGAA